AUAUAUAUAUAUAUAUAUUUUUUUUUUUUUUUUUUGGACAAAGCUUGCAUGCUGAGUUUAAUAUCUUACACUGAAGGGGAAAGUGGAACAAAAGAAAGAGCUAGAGUGAACAAAAGUGAAGGUUCAUCCUGGAAAAGCACUGCAAGACCAGUCCUGGGCUCUACUGUCAUGUCCUUACCAAGAACCUUGGGAGAACUACAGCUGUACAGGGUCCUUCAGAGAGCUAACCUUCUGGCUUACUAUGAUACUUUCAUUCAACAAGGAGGUGAUGAUGUCCAGCAACUCUGUGAAGCUGGUGAGGAGGAAUUCCUGGAAAUCAUGGCCUUGGUUGGGAUGGCAACGAAACCUCUUCAUGUACGAAGGCUUCAGAAGGCACUUCGAGAGUGGGCGACUAAUCCAACCCUUUUUAACCAGUCGGUAGGGUCCAUGCCUGUCAACAGCAUCCCACUCUUUAAAAUUUCAGAGGCAGUUGGAAGGAAGGCUCUAACUAAUGGACAUGCCAACUCCCCAGAUGGCCAAGUGAAAGGGUUGACUUUAACAUCGGUAAGAAGUUUCAGUCCCAAAAGUCCAUCUGACAUUGGGGAGAAGCUCUCACCAUUACAAGUGCCACAGGAUGCUAGAUUAUGGCAGGGAAGGAGCACACCAGAACCUGAUGGCAGCACCAUGGAGGAUGAGCAAGCUUCUCCUCUGACAUCUACAGAGAACUCCAGCAAGUUGGACUCGGAGGUGAUACAAAUGAUCUCAGAAAGUGUGGACCGCCUGAUGAACACCCUGCAGAAGAGUGACCCCUCAGAAGUGAAGGAUCUGCUGAAACUCAACAAGAAACUGGCUAAGUCUGUGGGCCAUAUAUUUGAGAUGGAUGACCAAGACAGUCUUAAGGAGGAAGAAAUACGGAAAUCCAGCAUCAUCUAUGGCAGAUUUGACUCAAAGCGAAGAGAAGGGAAGCAGCUCACACAGCAUGAGCAGCUAAUGAUCAAUGAAGCAGCAGCGCAGUUCUGUAUGAGGGAAAAUUCACUACUUCUGAGACGGGUAGAGUUGUUUUCCUUGGCACGGCAAGUAGCUCGUGAGUGUACUUACAUCUCAUCCCUCAAGUGUUCAAGACUAAAUCCUGAUGAUAUUACUGGUCCGCAGGCCAAAAAGGCAAAACGUGAGGUUGGGAUCACAGAACAUGGGGUCUCUUCACAUCAACAUACAGAAUCAUUAAGGCAGUCAAACUCUGACUUGUAUAUCUCAGCGUACAGACACUGUGCGGAAGAGGACAAUGCAAGCCUCUCAGGAGAGAGUCUGGAUGGACAUGGACUUCAAGGUUCUGCACCAUGCACUAGGCUUUCUCCUUCUUCACCUAAAACCUCAUCAGACAUCACGAUCCAUCUCCCUCCACACAGCAGCUGGAGUAGACAUCUCUUGCAGCAGACACUGAUGGAUGAGGGAUUACGUCUGGCUAGGCUGGUGUCACAUGAACGAAUUGGGCGACUCAGUCCCUGUCCUCAAACAGCAAAAGCCCAAAUCACAGAGUUGGAAAACGGAACAUUAGAUGCUGGUCAGGUGUCCUCCAUCCCUCCAGCUGCAACAGCAGAACGCAGAAAAAGCACCAAAGAAGAACAGGAAACCAACAGGCAGCAUUAUCCCUAAGAAGAAAAGGAAUGAAGGGGAAUGAGAAGAUUCCAACCUCUGUGCAAAAUUAAUAUUAACUAAGCAAUAACUGUGUUAUUUGUCUUGUAGUAUAUUAAAUAGGAAGAUGCAGUUUAGCCAGGUGACAAUACAAUGUUAGUAGAUACAGGUAGAAUCUUAUUUUAACUUAACUGCAUUUAUUUGCACUGACUUUGUCCAAAUAUAAGCUGGAGUCCACUGUAGUAGGAAAACAUAUAGUAUUGCACAACAUAAAACUGGGCACAUCCCAGACUCAUAGUAGCUGUCAGCUCGUAGACUAUAUAUAGGUAGUAGAUCAAGGAGUAUAAUUUUUAGAUGUUGCCUGCUGCCACAAAACUCUGCAAGUAAGUAAACUACCACCCCAAAAGGGAAAAACAGUGUUCUUGCUGGGUUUUCAGAAUAUAUUCAAGAGCAAAGGCAUGUUAUCCGGUACAGGUCUACACUUGGAACUGUGUGCUGUCUGUGGAACCACCAUAUUGUUGGUUCUACAGACAGCACACAGUACACCUUUAGUACUUAUUCUAUAAAAUAUAUAUAUGUGCUCUAUCUCUGGCACUAGUAUGACUUAAACAUUCUGCCUACAUACACUGGAGUGUAGUUAAGAUUUCUAAACAAAGAAGUAUUCAUAUUUAUUGUAUUUUUGCCAGUUCCAACGUUAUUAAGGACAAGAUAAAGGAAAACUCUUUUCAAAGCAAAGCUGGAAGCAGAUUUAAGAGUUAAGGUUUCAGUCAUAAAACCACAUGAGCUUUACAAAUACAUUCAUGAAAAUGGCUAAGUACCUGUUACACUUGCCAAACUUGUAUGGCACAUGCUGCCACAUUCAUGUUUUUGUAUUAUGGAGCACAAGUUGCUUGACAGCACUUUGUCAUUAUUUGUAUGUUUGGUAAGUCAGUACCACUUCUGCAUUUAGUGCCCUUUACUGUUAUUUGCACAUGCUGCAAAUAGUCCAGUAAUAUGCAUAAUAUUUACAAAAAACAGUAAUGGGUAUCACAUAUAACAGUGACAACCAACCUCCAUACACAAGGACUUAGGAGAGUUAAAUCAUCACCCUAUGCUAUUUUAUGUGAAAACUCAUCUGGAGAGAAAUGAACAUUCAACUAUUCCAUCUUCACUAAGGACAUUUUUUAGUAAUGCCUAACUGAACAUCUUAUUCCUAAGGUUUUACAAGUAUGAUGGCUUGUAAGAUUGAUUCCCCAAUCUAAAAUGAAGAGUUCAAUAUUUUCCCUAUAGUUCUCUAACUCACAACAAGCUCUUUCUGCUCAAAGUACACCACGGUCCCUAGCUCCUGGUUCUGUCCUAACAGUUGGUGAUGUAUGACUUUUCUAAUUGUAAGACUACUAUUACCUGUUAAGUAAUUAAUGAUAAUGAGGAACAAUGCAUAAAAAUAUUAUUUCAUUUUAUGAUUACCCACUUAACCAGUUUCAGGGUUUUGGGAAGUUGGGGCCUCAAGCAGCUCUUAGCAAGUAUAACAUAGACAAACCAAUGCUGAAUGAAGCACAGAAUAUCCCAGGACACCAUACUCGCAUACAGUGUGUACACCUAAUGACACUUUGGUAGAUCACCAAUUCACAGACAGCCUUUCUUUGUGAUAUGGCAGGAAUCCUGAAAAGCCAAUGAAAAUCUACACAACAGAUACAAAUUCUGCAAAAACACAAAACAAAUUACAGCACAAAACUGGAGAAUCAUGCAUUAGAUAGAGAUAACAAUGCUAAAUGCUGUGUUUGACUGUGGCAUCUACAUGAAAGCAGUUUGCAACACUAAUUUGUGAGCAGUGGAAUGUCUGGAGAGGGCUCUUCUGCUGUCAUAAUAACCAUCUGUUGUUGAAGACAUUGCUACUUUGAUGUCUGCAGAUAUUGUGCUCACCUAUGUUUUGCUGAGCAAAACACUGGUAUUUCUGGGGCUUCAGAGGCAUCCUUGCUGCAUUUGCUGUUUUUCAUCCACAGUGUUACACCCAUAAGUCUUUGUCUUCCCUACACAGUAUGUGCUACAAUUUACAGUUCUGUAAAUUGCAGACAUUGAUGCUUAAAUUCAUCCACAUACCUACUUUGCACCUGUCCUCUUCCAGGUAUGCCGUAGUGUAUGCUGACAAACUACAGAACUGUUAUACUUUUUCCAAAUUGCGAAGAGCUCUGUUGUGUGUUUUUAUACUAUCUACCAGCCUUACCCAUUUGCAGAACACAUUUAUGAAUCACAGUCUAUGUGAAGAAGAUAUGCAUUGCUAGAAAAUUCUGUGCCCAGAAGUUACCUCCGUGUUACAGUGUUUUAUCUUGGUGACAAUAUAUCAGUGCUUUAUAUGCAUCCGUUGUGUUCUAUCUAAGACCUAGUAACCAGCACAAGACAGAAAUAUUCCUGUUUAAUGGAGAACCAUUCAUCAAAACAUACAUACAGACAAUUAUAAUUUAGUCAUAAUAAAACUGCUGAGAAAAUACUGAUACCAAACACAACUUUUCUGAAGAAUACUGGAUCCACUGCUAAUUUAAAAUACACACAGACUUUUGUUAUAGCACAUUGAAAUGGACACAUAUAUUUUCUCUCAUGUGCGUUUACACAUACACACAUGCACGUGCGCGUGCACCUAUGCCACAUUCAGAUACAUUUUAAUCUAUGAGAGUAAAAUAUGACUAAGCGGCACAUAAAUGGGGAAUUGUUUGGUCUGUCUACUUAGCAGGGCAGGAGUCCUACAUAUGUGAUAGACAGAUUAGCCACCACAGCAUUUAAGGAACUGAAACACCAUAUUAAGCAAACAGCUCAUAUUUUUAUAGUGAGUUAUGUCAGUAUAACAAUUUUUGUCUCCUCUAAUAUUGACUACAACAGGUAGGAACACAUAACCUAAUCACUGAGCAUGCUGCAUCGACUAUUCUGCAAUUGUACUUUUUGGUACCUAAGUAAAUGCGCUAGGUGUAGGUUCUUCUUUUCAGGAGUAACCAUGGACCUCUGGCUGAGUGAUUUACUCAUAGGCAAAGGGAGACUGAGAGAAUCAGUUCCCAAGAAAAGACUGUAGUGCCCAGUAGAGGUCAUUUGGAUUAUACAACUUCUGUAUUCUGCAUCUCUCUCUCUCUCCUCACUUCCUGACCAGAGGUGCUUUUUUUUCCCAUGAGUCAAGGGAGUAGGUAUGGAGAGGGUAGGCAACAUCUUCUGUAUGUGCAGUGUAUACUUUCAGCCUUUUAAUUUAUCAAUUUGUGGCUCUAACAUCCCUGACUAGUCCACAACACAAUAAAGUUACUUAAAAAACAUCACCUAUAAUGUGUACUUAAGUAUAUAACGUAUACAAAAAAAUCUAGACAACAUAGCUGAAAAUAAAGUCCUUCUUGAACUCUGAAUAGAUCAAUGGCAUGUCACUAUAAACAACAAUUUACUAAUAUUAUUCCUCAUGAUAACUGUAAGUGACACUGCAAAUAUCCAAACCACUUCUAUGAAAUUAUGAUAAAGAAUAAGAUUAGGUAAACCAUGAAAGCAUGAAACAAUAUCAGGUUAACAUAUAAUGUUUGCUGUAACGUGGUAAUUUACUAUUUUAGGUACUUUCUCCUCUCAUUUUUUUAGUAUAUAUGUUUUGCAGACAAAACAACAUUGCUACUUUAAUUAUCCACUUACUAAUGGUUCAUGCCUGCAUGAUGUUUGAGAUAAUAUUAAUGGUCUGAGCUGGAAUUAAGAUGGAGUUCUGGGGUUCAAGUUUGUUAAAACAAUUUUACAUUAGGUUGAAAGAUGCUCUGUCUAUUUCACCUCAUAAAAGAUAGGCAACAAACUCAGGAGAAAUGUUCCCUUUUUGUGUUGUUAUUGACCUGGUAUGACAAAAAAGUGAAAUGAUGGUGCUACAACAUCCUACUAAGCUGCGGCAACAUGUGAUUAUCUAAAAAAUGUUUAUUUUAUGUUAUGUUUCUUGGAACCUGGUGAGUUUCAAAUCCACUCAGAAACAGUUUAAUGAAGACUGAAUUAUAUGCUUAGUUUUUGCUCCUGACCCCCUACUUUUUGCAGGCAAAGUUGUGUUUUCUUUAACAGACCCCCACCUGACAACUAAUAAUCAACAGCAGAGCUUACUUUACUCUACUAUCACAGCAUUAUUUCAUCCAUUGAGUAUUUCAUAUCUGCUUCAAUUAGUGCCAUCUGCUUUUUUAGCAAACAAAAUUGAUUUUUUACAGCCAAAAUUGAUGACAUAAUGUUUAAGAAACAGAUGAAAGAAAUCUGUUUAUGCUAGAAUUUAUUUUUAAAUGCCCCUUCCAUGCUUGUGAAAAUGCCAUGCAAUUGUCACAUGCUUGCUUUGACAUCAUGUCUUGAAAGCUAUGUACCUUUUUGUACCUUUCUGGGCACUUCACAAGUGAAAUGCAUUUUACAUCUUUUUCCAAUUAACAAUUUUUAAGGAGCAACUUAAACAGAUGCCGUCUAAUUCUGCUUUGCACUUUUGUCAACAAUCGUAGCAUCUCUUGAAACAUCCUACCUUAAAAUACAGGAAUAUGAGGUUCAUGGCUAGGAAUUUCUCAUUGGAUGGAGAUGAGAUACAUUAAAGAUUCAGCAUACCCAUCUCCUUUGAAAGGGUGAAAACAAUAACUGAGAACCUGACACAGGCAUACAGAAGCGUGAAGUUUACGGCUGUUUACAGCUGUCCUUUCAAAGGCAGUGCUGCAGGUUGUGAAAAUAGCUGUUGCAUGCUCACUGUCCAGACUGCAAAAUGUAGAAUCCUGGCAACCUUAGUGUGGAGAAACAAAAGUGAGGAAAAUCUACGCAAAGUAAUGAAAAAAGUAUGACUAGCUGCCUUUAUGGCUUGUACAAACAGUGUAUCUGGUCAGCCAGUACACAAACUAAAUGAAAACUUCCAAUGCACUCCCAUUUUCUGACAAAACACCAGGGGUAUGAUCACUACUUUUGAAGAGACUCUUAUAGUGGAGUCGCAGUCAUAAAAGAACUCCAAAUUUAAUACAUGGUCACCACUUAGAUUCAUAUGUGCUCAAGUUCUCUGUUGCAUUGUGAUUUUUCCCUUUGUCUGCUUAUCUCGGAUCAUCAGUAAAGAGGGACUUAAUAUUCUUAUUUGGACUACCUGACUAUCCAGAUGUGAUUAGUAAUUAUUGUAUCUGAAUAAGUAUCCAUGCUGUCAUAACAAAAUUCACUCUAAUGUGGAACAGGAUGGCAGGAAUCAUGUUUUCAUUUCAAAACACUGAGCUGCUGUGUCUUUUACUAUAGGAAGGUAUGUGAUGCAGCAAAAGGUCAUAACUCAUAUCUGGUCAACUGAGAGGAUUGCCUAUUUGCCAGGUUUCAGGAUUACAUUUUAAGCAUUAGCCAUUUUUAUUUGUGGCAUUGUACAGUAGAUUAUUUAUUUUGUUAUUUUAAAAUAAACUUUAUUUUCUAGCCUA